AGUUGGAAAAUGUGCAGAUGCUGGACAAGUACAACUUGAGGAACCCCUCUAAGGGCACCCUGUAUUUUGCCACGACUCAUCUCAUAUUCGUGGACCAUGAGAUGAGAAAAGAAACAUGGAUACUCUUAAUGCACAUAUCGUCAGUAGAACGGCUUCCGAUCACCACGACCGGUUCACCGCUACUUGUUCGCACCAAAACAUUCCAGUCGGUCUUCUUCGUAAUACCUCGGGAGCGAGACUGCCACGAGAUGCAUCAGACUCUGUUGCGCUUGAGUCAACCAGUUCAUAUCGACGAGUUAUAUUGUUUCCACUAUAAACAAACUCCUGAUGACUUACCUAAGUCAGCCGGUUGGAAUUUUUUCGAUAUACAAACAGAAUUUCAAAGGAUGAAUGUGCCUAACGAUCAGUGGGUGCUCUGUACAGCCAACAAGGAUUAUGAGUUAUGUGAUACUUACCCCAGUGAGAUAUAUGUACCAGCAAAAGCCACAACGGCUAUCUUAUUAGGCAGCGCGAGCUUCAGGUCUCGUGGGCGUCUUCCGGCGCUGGCGUACCUUCACCACAAUAAGGCCGCCAUAGCGAGAUGCAGUCAGCCACUAAGUGGAUUUUCUGCUAGGUGUAUGGAGGAUGAACAAAUGCUUGAUCUUAUCAGGAGAGCUAAUCCCAAUUGCGGCUACAUGUAUGUUGUUGACACACGACCAAGGAUAAACGCCAUGGUUAAUCGUGCGGCGGGCAAGGGUUAUGAGAACGAAGCGUUUUAUGAAAAUAUUAAAUUUCAAUUUUCUGGUAUCGGUAAUAUUCACGUCAUGCGCAAGAGUCUACAGAAGCUUGUCGAAACUUGCGAACAAAACACUCCUAGUAUGUCCUCCUUCUUAAGCGGUUUGGAAUCUUCCGGGUGGUUGAAGCACAUCAAGUCUAUAUUGGACACGUCAUGGUGGAUAGCGUGCGCGGUGGCGGGCGGUGUGAGUGUGUGCGUGCACUGUAGCGACGGAUGGGAUCGCACCGCGCAAGUGUGCUCGCUCGCCGCCCUCUGCCUAGAGCCACACUAUCGCACCAUCAACGGAUACCAGGCGCUGAUAGAAAAAGACUGGUUAUCAUUCGGUCACAAGUUCACGGCUCGAUGUGGGCAUAUCGCGUGUGAUGGCCGCGAGAGGUCGCCCGUGUUCACACAACUGCUGGACUGCACGUGGCAGCUGUUGCGGCAGAGACCAGAGGCGUUCCAGUUCAACGAGCGGUUUUUGUUGACUCUACAUGAGCACGCUCACGCCUGUCAGUACGGUACAUUCGUCGGGAACUGCCAGAAAGAUCGAAGGGAUCUCAGAUUGUCUGAAAGGACCUUCUCGUUAUGGGGCUACAUGGCGAACCAUUUGAAUGAAUACAAAAACCCUCUCUACAAUCCAAAGGCGCAUCCGGAUGUAUUGAAACCGGACUUGAAUGCGCAAAGUAUCAGGUUCUGGCGCGGCAUGUACUGUCGUCACGAGCACGGCGUACAUCCACGUGAACCUCUAGCGGAUUUACUGCCAGCCGCCGUGGAACACGCCACGGCAUUGGACCAUCACAUCAACUAUCUCACCAAGAGGAUAGCUACGUUCAAGAACUUAUUGUCUGGCAGAAGGGCCUCUAAGAACAAGGACACAACUGUGGUCAAUUAUCAAAGUGGGAACAAAGACGCUGUCGGUAUCGAGACCAAUAUAGAAUCACUGCAGAUCGACAACAAAUUACUUUAUGAAUCUGGGGGCACUCUAUCGGAAUUAGAGUGCGCUAACCACGAUCAUCCACUUAAAGAUGCGCGAUUACCAAUAAAGCCGAACAAGAUACCGCUCAUCACUGAGAAAAGCGAUGACUCCAUACCCAACAGUAUGGUCCAGAUGGAAGCCGAGAUGAAUUCAGUCGCUUUAGAUUGGAGCAGUAUAAAGAAUGUAACAGAAUGUAGCUGUUCUACGCCUCUCGAACAUUUCAGCCGGAAGCACCACUGCUGGGGUUGCGGCAGGUGCGUGUGCACCCGCUGCGUGUGCCGCCGCGCCCCCCUCCCCGCGCUCGCGUCCCCCCGCGCCGCGCCCCUCUGCGCCGCCUGCGCCCCCUCCACCCCCUCCACGCCCGUUACGCCCGCCACAGCGCAGUAA